AAAUAUCCGAGAUCGUAAGCGGGUUUACGGGCACUCGUAAGAUCGGAACUAAAAAAGGCAAUUCUGUGUCCGCCCGGAUCUUACAAAUUCUCGGAAGUCCCUACGGCUUGUCGUAAAUUCUUACGGUGACAGAUUAUCUGACCUAAACUUAUCCGAGCGCAUCAAAAUGAAUAAUAUGCGCUUCUAUUUACAUAUUGGUGCUCUUCUCGAAGAAGAUAAUGAUCGUAAUUUCAUGAGAAUAACGAAGAGACAGUUAAGGGACUCGCUUAAUGUUUUUGAAACAAGCGAGAAAGACUUUAAACAAAUGUUUCGUUUGGACAAAGUAAGUGUAAUGGGUUUGAUCGAGGAAAUAGGCCCCCAUUACCAAAACACAGGAAGUAUUCCGCUUCAUUUAAAGGUUCUAACAACACUAAACUUUGUUGCCACUGGUUCAUUUCAAAAUCCUGUAGGAAGUAGCUGUUGGAUUUCUUUGAGUCAGCCAUCAGUUUCAAGAAUAAUACACGAAAUAACAUCUUUAAUAUCACAACAUUUGUUGCCAGAAUGGGUUCAAUUUCCGACUGACUUCGAAACAAAAAAUAAUAUUAAACAAGGAUUUUACAACAAGUGGAAUGUACGUGGUGUUCUUGGAGUUGUAGAUGGAACUCAUGUUGAAAUUCUUGCUCCACCUACGAAUGACGUUCACCAUCCCCCUUUUGUUUAUAUAAACAGAAAAGGAAAACACUCAAUAAAUGUUAUGCUCAUUUCGGAUUCUAACACAAAAAUUAUUGCUUGCAAUGCCAGAUAUCCUGGGUCCGUCCAUGAUUCUGCAAUAUGGCAAAUGAGUAAUAUUAAAACUUAUUUAAAGCGGGAGUAUGAUAAUGGAGAUAAGUCCACGCAUUUACUUGGUGAUAGCGGAUACCCCCUUGAACCAUGGCUAUUUACUCCCUUUUCGAAUUUUGAGCAAGGAAGCCCAGAAGAACGUUUUAAUAACCAAUUCAAGACGGCUCGAAAUGUUAUUGAAAGAACCAACGGCAUAUUAAAAGGACGUUUUAGAUGUUUGUCAAGGCACAGAGUUCUUUUAUACCAUCCGAGUAGAGCAGCUAACAUCAUUUAUUCUUGCUGUGUUCUUCACAAUAUUGCUCUCCGGGCAAGGAUUCCUCUUCCGGAGGAAGAAAUAGAAUAUAGAGACGAGAUUGGCAUAGAAGGCAAUUUGGAGUACAAUGAUGUUCUGCAAGAAGGGAGGGCUACAAGAGCUAGAUAUAUAAGAAAUAAUUUAUUAUUAUAAAAUACAAAAAAAAAACUCCAAGACAUUUAUGUUAAAAAAAAGACUAUUAAUCAAAAUCAAAUUU